GAUCAGCGGAAGUUUUCUUGAGUGUUCGAGGUUUCAUGACACAGAACACCGUUGUGCUUAGGUGAAAAUACUCAGCGAAGUGAGACCUUCAUAUUUGAAAAGAUCGCCAUAAUGUCUGAAGAGAGCAACAAGCUGCCAAUGGACCCCAUCUCUGCAGUUGGAGUACUUAGUUCUCUCAACAAAGUCCCUGAUGGCUACUAUGUUGUUGCAAAAACAACAGAUGGCUCCGACGCCGACCUGUGGAAGGACGGCUUAUUCAAAUCCAAGGUCACUCGCUACCUUUGCUUCUCCAGGAAAACUGAGCCUGAGGUCGUUGUGGAUAUGAAGCUGAUCGACUUCAAGGACCCGCUGCCAGAGUCCUUCACACCGGUGCAAGAAACAUUAGACAAAAAGGAAGCUGCCAUGAGGAAGAGGAGGCUGUGUGUGAAAAUGAGCGCUCGUGAGGCUGCCGAGACAGCUGUAUGUGACAUCCAGCUCACCGCCAAAUCCAAGUACCAGCUUGUUAACUACACCUGUGUGGGAGACAUAAACAAUAUGGGACUAUGGUAUCGCAUGGGGGACGUUCCUCGGCGUACGUCAUCUCAGAAAACGAAGAGUGCUCCUAAAAUUGACACCCCACACAGCACUACAAGCAGGAUUGCCACCAGCAGACAACAUGAGCAGCAGAACGCUGGCAUUUACACUAUGACAGCUCUCGAAGAUGUGCCCUUUGUGGUGUCAGAGAAGUUUCAUAAAAAACCUCAGGAGAUGCAGCAAGUCAAUUUAAUGGGCAUUACGAUCAAAUCCCUGGCAGAGAUCGAGGAGGAAUUUCACUACAAUUUCGGCACAGAGCGGAGUAUUGUGUCUUAACUUCCAAUCAAGCCACAGAAGCCACUGUAACCAGAAAGGACAAAGAAAAGAAAGGAAUAAAAAUAAUAAAAAACUCUGAUUUCUUGUACUAGUCUAGAUUUUAUUAUGUUAUUCCCUACCUCUUUUUAUUUAAUUAUGUAAUUUCUGAAAUGUAUUUAGAAAUAAAAAUAAAUGUUUUCUCUUCAAAAUGUGAAACUUCUACAGUUAUCCUCCUUUUUUACUUUAUUUGUCAGAUAGUUGGAAUCAGAUUUAAAAGGGUGUGUGGCCCAAAAUAAAACAACAAUUUCCAGAGUGAACAUGU